AUGUUAUAUCCGCUGUUCUUCCCGUACGGCGAGGCCGGUUGGCAUAACGGGAUGUUGCAAGAGGGCCCUAGACGAAAUAAUGUCCGAAGUCGAAACACUAUUAGAGAGUUUGCGUGCUACCGUUUGGGCAUUCGGUAUGAGGGAAAUAAUGACACUAGGCAUCAACAGUUCAGUUCAAUACAUCAAGGCCGGUCUUUGUUGCACAUGUAUGUGUGCGAUGAAUACGUUCAAAUGGAAUCAAACAAUCUGAACUACAUACGUCGGAAUCAGAGGGAUCUCCUAGCCGAAGCGUAUCAAGGGCUCAUGGACCAUGUGAACCAACACCUCAUCAUCGAUCCUAUGGCGGUCGGCCGUAGGAUAAUUUUGCCGUCGACGUUCGUGGGCAGCGACCGAUACAACAAAAUGUGUUAUCAAGACGCUAUCACCAUGGUCCGUAGCAAAGGCAAACCCGACCUGUUCAUAACGUUUACGUGCAAUCCCAGGUGGCCGGAGAUCACAGAAAACCUGGCGGCUCACAGCGUUGCCAAUGACAGGCCUGAACUGGUGGCCAGGGUGUUCAACAGGAAACUACAGGAGCUACUAGGUGACCUAACUGUUAAUCGUGUGUUUGGUAAUGUUUCUGCUUACGUUUAUACAAUCGAGUUUCAGAAACGCGGUCUGCCCCAUGCGCACAUACUCGUAAUCCUGGAGGAGGAUUGUAAGUUCCGCACGGCGGCGGACGUCGACGACGUGGUUUGCGCCUAUUUGCCGGACCCGGCAACCGCCAGGCGCUUACACGACUGCGUGAAGUCCCACAUGAUCCACGGACCGUGUGGAACAGUCAACCCGCAAUGUCCGUGUAUGGUGAACAACAGUUGUUCAAAAGAAUUCCCAAAAGCGUACGCAGAGGAGACUGUGUACAUUGCGGACGGCGGUUAUCCAAAGUACCGCCGGCCGAACGACGGCCGUGUGGUACUUGUGAGAGGUCGUGAGGUCGGUAACGAGUGUGUAGUGCCUUACAACCCUUACCUUCUGGUCAAGUACGACGCACACAUCAACGUCGAAAUCUGCACGUCCAUAAAGAGCGUCAUGUAUAUCUACAAGUACAUAUACAAGGGACACGACCGUGUGACAUUGAAGGUUCGAGACCAAGACGAAAUAGCCAAGUGA